AUGGGCUGCGGGGGCAGCCGGGCCGACGCGAUCGAGCCCCGCUACUACGAGAGCUGGACGCGGGAGACCGAGUCCACCUGGCUGACCAACACGGACUCCGAGAGCCCGCCGCAGGAGGGCGGCAGCGCCGAGGGCCCCGGCCGGGAGCAGGGCGGCCCGCGCCCCGGUCUUCUGGAGGAUGGGAAAUUGGCUCACACAGGUGUACCUACAGCAUCAGCCACAGCUGGAAUGCUGAAUGCUGAGAAGAGGAGCAGCUGUGGCUCUCAGUGUGCAAACCCCAUAGUCCAUGGCACGGGAACUACAACACAGAGACAGAAUGGCUUCAGGACCACAGAGAGUAAAUGGGACACACAGAAAACGUCCUCACAAGAAGUUGCCAUUAAUGUUACAAAAGGCAUCAGACAAAGUGACAGAAGAAAAACAAAGAAUUGUGCCAAUUAAUGAAGAAAAUUGCAGGUGAGGAUGGACUUAACAAAGCUUCACUGCACUUUAAAUGUCAGCCACUGAAGACAUAAAGAUCUCUAGGUGUUCCAGGUUGAAUACAGCGGGCAGCUGCUACUGAGUGCCUCCAGAAGCAGGUCUUGUGGAAACCAGCUCCAAGCACUGUAAACAUUAUAGUGUUUGUCUAAAGACAGACAUAGUAGUUUGUCUAAAGCAGUGGCACUGCACAGACAUACACAGAAAUUCAUUAUAUUUGGUUUUUUACUGACUUCCAUGUUAUCCCUUGUGUAUGUCCUGUUCUGUGUUGCUAUUAAGAUGAGACUAGAUAAUAAAGGGUACAGUUCAUCACAAUUAAAACCAGAAAAUGAACAAAUGAAUCUGAAUUUUUAGUCAUAAAGUGCUUUUAAGUGUGGAUAUUCAAACCCAGAGUUCAUUUAAAGCACUCACAUAUUUUAAAAUA